AACACCACAGUCCACACACACAAACAACCUCAUCAUCAUCUCUCUCUCUCCUUCUGCUAAAGAAAAGAAAUGUCCAGUAGAAUAAUGAUGUGAUGAUUUCACUGCCAAAUGCGAAAGUGUUGUUGUUGGCAGGGAAGAAAGACCGAUAUUCAACCACGAAUUCCAGGAUGCACUUGAGCAAGACCUACUCUAUUUUUCGUUACAAAUACUACUCUUCCCUAUUCCUCACCACUAAUUACAACAUGUACUAUCACUUCGCUCUCAAUCCUCAUCUUCACUUCGUUCUUCGUCCACUUACUCCCAAAUUCGUUGUCUCCUCCUCGCUUACCACCCUUCUUACCUCUGCAAACGUUGUCGUCGCCGCUUCUGCGGCGGGCUCUGGCACCGUUCAUGGUGCCGUCACUUCAGCAAUUACUCAGGUCGCCGUCACAGCUGUGGCUAUAGCCUCCGGUGCUUGCCUUUCAACCAAAGUAGAUUUCUUGUGGCCAAAACCCGAGGAGCAACCUGGGUCACUUGUGCUGGAUGGAGUAGAUGUAACUGGCUAUCCAAUAUUUAAUGAUGCAAAGGUGGAAAAGGCAAUUGCAUUUGCAAGGAAAGCACAUCAUGGCCAACUUCGCAAGACCGGUGAUCCUUAUCUAACACAUUGUAUCUGCACUGGAAAAAUAUUAGCUGUCUUAGUUCCAUCCACUGGGAAACGGGCUGUGGAUACUAUUGUGGCUGGGAUUCUUCAUGACGUGGUUGAUGAUACAUGUGAGACUCUGAGUAGCGUGGAGAAAGAAUUCGGUGAUGAUGUUACUAAGCUUGUUGCUGGAGUUUCCAGGCUAAGUUACAUAAAUCAGUACCUACGAAGAUGUCGGAGGACAAACGUGAAUCAGAGUACAAUUAGUCAUGAAGAGGCAAAUAAUUUGAGGGUGAUGCUCUUGGGGAUGGUUGAUGAUCCUCGCGUGGUGUUAAUCAAGCUUGCUGACCGUCUUCAUAACAUGAGAACAAUUUAUGCUCUGCCUCCAUCUAAGGCUCAGGCUGUUGCCCAGGAGACUUUAGCUGUUUGGUGUUCUCUUGCUUCCAGAUUAGGUCUAUGGGCUUUGAAAGCUGAAAUGGAAGAUCUAUGCUUUGCUGUUCUUCAGCCUCAUCUGUUCUGUCAAAUGCGUGCUGUCUUAGCCUCAAUGUGGAACCCUUACAACAAGACAAAAGGUAGCUUUGGCUCUUCGCCCAUUGGUCAUGAUUCGAACAUUGAGAAUGAAACAGGGGUAAAAGUAGAUGGGGACACUUUAAGCAUGAAGGAUCUCUUGCAGGCUGUACUUCCAUUUGAUCUGUUCCUAGAUCGAAGAAGGAGAAUGAACUAUCUUCAUAAUCUUCAAACUUCUUUGAUACCUCAAACAAAACCAAAGGUUGUAAGAGAUGCGGGAAUUGCUUUAGCAUCUCUUGUUGCUUGUGAAGAAGCACUUGAGAGGGAGUUAUUCAUAUCAACUUCCUAUGUACCAGGAAUGGAAGUAACUUUGUCCAGUCGUCUGAAAAGCUUAUAUAGUAUUUAUAGCAAGAUGAAACGAAAAGAAGUUGGAAUUAACAAAGUCUAUGAUGCCCGUGCUUUGAGAGUAAUAAUUGGAGAUAAGAAUGGUACUCUACAUGGACAGGCCGUUCAAUCUUGUUACAGUCUGCUCAAUAUAGUGCACAGGCUUUGGAUACCUAUUGAUGGUGAAUUUGAUGACUACAUUAUUAAUCCAAAACCAAGUGGCUAUCAGUCUCUUCACACUGCAUUACAAGGCCCUGACAACUCUCCUUUGGAAGUUCAAAUAAGGACACAGAGAAUGCAUGAAUGUGCUGAACAUGGACUUGCUGCACAUUGGCUCUACAAGGAAUCUGACAAUAAGCUGGUUACAGUUAAUGGAGUGGAUGGUUCUGAAAUGACUGCGUCUUCAUCACUUUCAAUUGAUUCGGAGGAGCAAAGUACUAUCAAAGAAGAUAUUUUCAUAAAAUAUAGUACACUUAAAGUAGGACAUCCUGUACUGAGGGUGGAAGGAAGUCACUUGCUUGAUGCUGUUAUUGUCAGUUUAGACGAGGGUGGAAAACAGUUACUUGUUGCUGUAAGUUUUGGGCUAGAAGCUUCUGAAGCUGUGGCUGACAGAAGGUCAUCUUACCAAAUAAAGCGUUGGGAAGCUUAUGCAAGAUUAUACAAAAAGGUUUCCGAUGAAUGGUGGUGUGAAUCAGGUCACGGGGACUUAUGCACUUGCCUCGAGAGGUAUACACUUUGUCGAGAUGGCAUGUACCACAAGCAAGACCAGUUUCAGCGCUUAUUGCCUACCUUCAUUCAAAUAAUUGAUUUGACGGAACAUGAGGAAGCUGAAUACCGGUCUGUUGUAUCUGCUGUUUUAGAGGGAAAACAGAUCGAACCAAACUCAAACAGCUUCUAUAAGAAGCCAAGCUCAAACUUGGACACGGGAAUAAGUAUUAAGAUUCGUCUUUUGAGGACAAUGCUUCAGUGGGAAGAACAACUGCGAUACAAUAGUGGUGGUAAACAGGAUAGGAAUGUUAGUCUAGGGGAAGUGGCGAUAAUUUGUUGGCCGAAUGGAGAAAUAAUGAGACUAAAAUCUGGAAGCACAGCUGCAGAUGCUGCUAGAAGAGUAGGUCGUGAAGGAAAGUUUGUAUCUGUAAAUGGACAACUUGUACUGCACAACACAGAGCUCAAGGAUGGAGACAUAGUUGAAGUCAGAGUGUAAGUAAAUACUACAAUCCUUUUGUUAUUGUUCUGUUAAUAACACACAUAUCCAUCAGCUUUCUGUAUUUAAAAUCCCAAUUAUUAUUAUUAUUGUUGAUCUAUUCACUUAUUAAAUCCAAUGUAAAUAAUGUAUCCCCAUUAAUUUGCUUUCACUAUGUUGAUAAAUACUAAAUAUAUAUAUGUUAUCAAUUCAAUAUUAGGAGUGUCAAUGUAACAUAAUAACUGUAUGAUUACUGAUGUACUAACAUCUCAUUUUACCACAGUUUUGUGAC